GUGCUCUUGAAUGUCUGUGGACAAAGGCGUAGGAGUUGUGUCGGGAUCAAAGCAAAGUUGGUUCUUCAUGAUGAUGGAUGUUACACUUGGUGCUUCCACUUCAAAGGUUGGACCAGGUUCGUCUUCCUCAUCAAAUAUGAGACCUUCUAGAUCAUCGUCCAUGGGUCUCCCGGUGCUAAGAAGCGGUCCUUGAUGUUAGUAGUCGAAUGGCUCUUCCUCAAAAUCAUGUAAAAAUAAAACAAGAUUACUCGGAUUCUCCGGUUCAAAACAGGUUAGUCCAUUAGUCUCUUCCUCAUCAAACAUAAAAUCAGAUUUUAGAGAAGGAAGAUCACAUUCAUCCUCACAAAUGAUCAAACUUUCAAUCAGAUCUUCAUCAUAUUCAUCAAAAAUUGGUAAAGAAUCUAAUUUUUUUUUUAGAUCUUCAAGGUUGUUUUCAGACUUAACUUUGGGUUUUUCACUGAUGAAUAAGGAUGGUUCAGCUACAGGUGCACGUGUGGUUGUGCUUUUUUUUUGGAUCUUGCUGACGUCCUUGAGGGCUUUCACCACUCCCUCCACAAGGUUGUCACAAAACUCUCGGCCUUCAAAUUGACUGAAAAGCCUUCUUUGAUCAACUUCAAACAUCUUAACCUGAAAAUUCUCAACACAAAAGGUUAACAAAUACAAAUAAUCCUCACACUCUCAAGUGUUUAUCCUCACCCACACACGUGUUUCUCUCGGAUUUUAGUGAUCACACAAGAAUUUCCUCUCAAAGUUCUAAGAGAACAAAUCAAGUAACCCAAUGGAAUCUCCAAGCAAACAAGAGAUGAACACAAGAUAGGAAGAUAAGAGAAUUGAAUUUUGAAAUCCGUAUUAACCACUCCAAGACUGGAUUUCGCCUCAGCCAGCAUGAUUUCUCUUCCACCAUCUAGCCAAAUAAAUCAAAACUUUUUUUUUUUUCUUUUUUUUUUCUUUUCUGUUUUUUUUUUCAAUAUAGAAGAAUGGGGAUAGGUAAGGUAGUGGUCCGGAUUUGAGAUAGAAAGAAAAAGAAGAAGUGUUUAGAAAUGGAAGAUGAGAAAGAUGGAUAGAUAGUACCGGUUGAGUGGCUCUGAUACCACUUGAUACACCCUAAAUUAGGGAAAGAUCACUCGGCCGAACUAAGAGGAUAUGAACUCGCCAAAAGGGAGAACUGGUGGAUUGAAUGGUGACACAAGAGGGGCGGAAAGCCUCUUGAUACUACAAGACUUCAGUUGUUGCUUGAUAUGACGCACAAGUCCAACAAAAGAAGGGUUUCUAAACGUUGCUUGAUAUGACGCACAAGUCCAACGAAAUAGAGAAUGUUUAGUUGGAGAAAACUCAACAAGAAACAAGAAGUAUUCUACAAAGAACAAAGAGAGAAACUCAUAAAAGGGGAAAAAUCAUUGUCUUAUUCAUGGAAUGAGAUUACAUAUUUAUAGUAUAAAUGGUCAAAGAAAAACAUAAAGAAAUUGUGGAAAACUAGAAACUUAGAAAACAUAAACAAAGACUAAGACUAAAGACUUUUGUAGAACCGAGAUGUUGAAUUUUGACUUGACUUUGAAGAAAUCAAUGCAACCUAUGACCAUGACUUUUUUGUUGACUCUGUUCAGAUAUUUUUUGAUAAGAAUGAGUUUGAAAUAGACCGAAGAAAGGGCUGGUCGAAUUUGGCAAGAAACAAACCCGUAUUGCACUUUUUUUAUGAACUUUUUCUUGGACUGAAUAAGGCCCAUUUCGCCCAGCAGCUAAACCAUCUCCAUUUUCAGUGUCACUUAGCUCACUCAGCUCCAAAGUAGUGUCACUUAGCUCAUCCAGCUCCAAAGUGGUGUCACUUAGCUCACUUAGCUCAUCCAGCUCAUCUACUCUCACUUCAGCUGGAUCUCAUGCAUACUCUCUUCAGCUGCUUCCAGCUCGUCCACACUCUGUUUCAGCUCUUCCUCAGUCUCAUCAGUUGACUUUAGCUCAGUAUGCUCACUAUUAAUCCAUCAUGGUUUGUCCUUUGUUGAAUAAUCAUUUGGCUCAACCAUGGUCGCAUUAUCCUGGCCCAGGUCUAUGAUCUGAGGUGCAUCAAAAUAGGUUAUGAAUAGUAAAAAUAGUUCAAGCAUGACGGAUCAAACGGAUCAUGCAAAUCAAACAUGACAAAUGCAGAUCAAGCAGAUUAUGCAUGAGAGAUGCAGAUCAAGCAGAACAAGUUACUUUUGAAAUUAUGAAUGGCAAAAGCAGUUAAAAAUGUAGAUCAUAUAUUUAAACAAUAAAACUAACACCAAAAUAUCAACAUAUAAUAUAAAUAAUACAUAACAAAGAUAAACUAAUUUAUUGAAAAUAUUUAGAUUUUCCCUUAACAUAUCUGCAAUAUUAAACUAGUGUUUUGAAAACCGGACCGACCGAUCAAACCGGUCCAACCGUGACUCAGUGAAAAAGCUGAGUCUGGUUCGGUUUAAAACGCGGAUUUCAGAAAAAAAUAGUAAAACCGAUAAAACCAGUGAACAUGUUCAAUUUCAAAACCCGGUUUUAAAAAAUCAACAUAGAAUUAAUGUGUUUUCAAUUAUUAUUUAAUAUAAUAUUUAAUAGGUAACACUAUUUAACUAAUUUUCUCUUUAAUUUUAUUUUCUUAAGAAAUAAUGUACAAAUUUCCUUUUUGGUUCUCAUAUACUAUUCUUAUUUUGUUAUAUUUAUAAAAUUUAAGACUUCAAUGGUAAGAAUAAAUAAAUAUGGUAAUUUGAACCGUUAAUUAUUUGGUUUUUAACAAUUUCAAUUUACAUAAUAUUUUCUUGUUUAUUAUAUAGCUAGAUUUAUACUUAUUGUAUAUAUAUAUAUAUAUAAUUUUAAAAAACCUUGUUGAUGAUUAUAUAUUUAAAAAUAUCUAAUACAUAUAUUCCAUGUAAUGUAUGUGGUUUCUAUGAAAGCUUCGUUGUUAUUAAACUCUGUGGUUCUAAAUUUUGAAGCCUCAUAAGUAUUAGUCAUUUUUUACAUGCAUAUAUUAUAGAUAAAACAAUAAAAACAUUAAAUCUACUAUAUGUUGACAAAAAAGAAAAAGAAUUAAAUCUAUUGUAUUUGUAUUUGAUAAGUGAAGUUACCUAAUAAUGAGAAAUAAGAGAGAAGAGUAUAAUAGUUUUUUUAAAUUUAAUUUGUAGAAAAAUCUAAUAAGAGAGAAGAGUAUAAUAUUUUUUUAAAAUUUAAUUUGUAGAAAAAUCUUUUAUUGGUUAGAAGAGAGAUAUAAUGAGUGAACCUCUUUAAAAAGUGGGUGUUUAGAACAUGAAGCCGGAGAACUGUUUUUUGCACAAAAAACAAAAAAUUAAUCAAAUAUACAGUUAUUUUGUCUUUUACUUUUAGAAACAGAAAAAUAAUGAAUAGUGAUUUAAAAGUAGUUCUCCUGCAACACAUAUGAUAUAUUCUUGUCCUAUUCCUCUUUUUCAUAACCAUAGUUAGGUGUAUAGAUAAUUGUGUCUUUAUUUUAGAAAUAUACAAAAUUAUAUAUAUUUUUAAUCUAUGUGCAUUAAUCUAAAACGAUAAUUAAAAUGAAACGGAAGGAGUACUAAACGAGAAAGUUAGGCUUCAGAGAUAUUUUAUUAAGAAACCCUUUUCCAAUCAAAUUAAUCAUCAAUACAGUGAAAAUAUCUCUCUCUCCUUAGAUUCUUCGUCUUUUACGCAGUAGAAGGCAAUGAUUACUCUUUUCUAACUUUCUAGGAAACUAACACUGUGUUUUUUCUUCCAUUCUUUUAUCCUAUUCUUUCUAUGAAAAAAAAGGUGCAUGCAUUACAAUAUAACUAAUCAUAAUUAUAGCCCUUUUCAUAAUAUAUGUUAAACAAAAUCUGACUUUCAAGCAAUUUCAAAUUUUUAUUCUUUUUCAUCAAAAUAAAGGUUUUAAAGUAAAGUUUUGUUUUAUCCAGUGUUAAGUCACCAGUGUUGUGGGUAUCAGAUGCAGAAAAUCACAAGUGUUAAUGGUGGAAAUAUAUUUCUUAUAAGUUAAAUUUUUUUUGUGGAAUUGACAGGAAACGCAAUUCUGUUAUUAUGCAAAAUUAUAAACCAUUAAAGUUCAAAAAUCGAUUAUGCAUUAAUAUAUGAGAUACAUCAUGAGGUACAAUAAAAACUCUAUAAAUUAAUAAUAUCAGAAUUGUAAUAUUUUAUUAUUAAUGAGUUAUUAACUUAAAGAAAUGUUUUAAAAAUAUGUGUAUAUAUAUAGAUAUAUAGAUUAGAACAAAAAUAAUUUUAUCUUCACAGAUAAAUAGAUUAAACUUUAUAGAUUUGGGUUUUAUCUUUUUGUUAGACUAUUUGAUGUAUUUUAUGUAUAAAAAUACAUAUUAUAGGAUAUAAUUUUACUUUUAGAUAAUUUAGUUCACUAAAAUAAUAUCAAAGUAACAAAAUUAAAAGAAAAAUAAAAAACUAGAAUCUAUUUUGAAGAAAAAAUAAACAAUAUAAUAUUUUUUACAUUUAUAAAUUUUUAUCUAAAAUUUAUAUAAUUAUAUUUUAACUUAGGAUUAUAAUGGGAUCAUAUAUUUAUCUAAUUAAGAAUUUUUAAUUAUUAUGCCAUAUUUGAUAGUGGUUUAACUUUAUACUGUAAAUUUCUAUUAAUAUGGUAUGUUAUUAAUUAAACAAAUAUUCAUUUAUAAAGCUAUCUCAGUCAAAGGAAAAAGAGAGUAUUAUCUUAUAACGUCGUCUGUUGAAUAUUCUGUACAAUUCUCUCAGACUGUAUAAUCAAUAAUGCGAUAAGAGAGACAGGGAGAGAGAGAUAAUAAAUAGUUUCAACCACCAAUGUUAACUGGUGCAGUUUUAAGUGAAAGCUAUUCCACCCCCAAAAUAAUAAGCUUAAAACGAGACAUACCAUCUUGUAAAUAUACGCAGUGCCUUCAAAACAUAGCUGAUAUGUAAAAGCAUACCAUCAUUGAUUCAUCCAUAUGUAGUACGGUGUGUGUGUUUGAUUGAAGAUAGAUGAUGAUGAAUAUGUUGAUGAUGAUGAACUAAUUCUCAUGAAUCCACUUCAUUUAUUGCUUGCAUUGUAUUUACGUUAUCGAAGAGCGUGCUCUUUCGUCGACAGUGAAAUUCUUUUACAACACUUUGAAUCUUUCUUUUAAAUGUGUUUUUUAAUAUAAGGCACGGAACGUGAUAAAUGCCAUCCAAAUUUUCAUAUAUGUUUAUAAUUUAUUAAGUUCAUAAGCAUAAAUUUAAUCAGUUGUAUUUAAAAAAAUAAUUUUAUAAAUUUAGACGAGUAAUAUACAUCUGGUUAUGUUUAUUGUUUGUUUGCCAACAGUUAUGUUUAUCUUAGGCUGUAAAUAAAAUAAUUUUUAAACAUUUAGCGAAACAUAAUAAAAUACAUAAUGUGAUAUUGAUAAGGAAGUUAUGUGUACUUCUACUUUUCAAAAAAAAAAAAGAGUUAUAUGUACUUCUAUUUUUCAAAAAAACAAGUCAUGUGUACUUCUAACUAAAAUGAUUUUAUAUCAAAAAUGAAUUAUAAAUUCAAUAAAUGCACUUUAUUGAAUUAUAACUAGUGUAAGACCAACUCCAAUAGAACACCAAAACACUAAAUUUAAUGUAAUUUUAACUCGAGACCCCAAAAAUGACAUCAUCCCACCAAAUUUGGUGUAGAGUAGAUAAUGUUACAUCAAAUUUACUUCAUUAUUUAUAUUUUAAAUUAUUUUUACGUAAUUAAAUUUUUUAUUUUAUUUUCAACUAAAAAAUUCGUAAAUUAUUAUUAUUUACUUUAUAUUGUAAGAAGAAAAUAUCAUAGCACUUUUAUAUUUUAUUUUUAGUGAUAUAAAAUAUAAUUGGUAUUUCAUAAAAUAUAGAAGUUAAUAACAUAAGCUGGAUAAGAUUAAAAUGCAUAUUAAAUUUGAAUUAAACAUAUCAUUAGGUUAUGUGCUUUUCAUAAUUAAUACUUUUGUAAUUUUAUAUAUAAUAAAUACAUAAAAGGUAUAAUAUUGUUAAACCAAAAAUAUCAAUGUAAAUAAAUUUUAUAAACAUAAAAUUACAAAAAAAUAACAAACAUAAUAUCUAAGUGUGAUAAAAUAAUUAUUUACCAAUUAAAAAUGAUAAAAAUAGAAAAAAUAUUUAAAUUGAAAACAUCAAAUAAUAUGUAAUACUCCCUCCGUUUCGAUUUAAUUGUCGUUUUAGAGAAAAAAAUUUUGUUUCAAAAUAAAUGUCGUUUUAGAGUUUCAAUGCAAAAUUUAUUAAUAAGAUUCUCCAUUUUAUUUUUAUAUUGGUUGAAAUAUAGUUAUGUGUAUAGGUAAUUGUGUUUUUAUUUUAGAAAUAUACAAAAUUAUAUAUUUUCUUAAUCUGUGUGCAUAAACCUAGAACGCCAAUUAAAAUGAAACGAAAAGAGUAUUUUUUUUUGAGUAAAUUUGAUGUUAUGGUUGGAGAUGAUAAAAAAAAAACUGACAACAAAACAUUAAAUUUGGUGUACUUUCAGCAUCAAAUUUAGUGUGUAAAUAACUAAUUACAUAUGACAAGAGAGAAAAACAUAUGACAAGAUGAAUAUAAAGCUCAGCAUUGUAGAGAGGACUGCAUGUUCCAAACCUUAUAUUUCUUCCCAUUGAUUUCCGGGAAUCAAAUACUUACAAUAGUUUCUUAACAAAAACUAUUAUAAAUGUUUUCAUGAAAUUAGGGCAAAAGUAAAAACAAAAACUACGAUGCCCUAGGGAAAAUGAAAUCUCUGCAAGUGGGUUUUAGGGGGCACCUAGACAUUAGUUACAAAAGAUCUCUGAGUUUUUAGCCCUCCUGCCUCUUCAACCGCACUUCACGACAAUGACAACGAUCGUGAUGCGUUAUUUAACAUCCUCUGUUUCUCACUGCAUGCUCGUUGCCGUACGCACUCAUAGUCAUAGGUGAUGAGAAAUCGAAGGCCUUAUAUAGAGAGAGCAUACGACUAUAUAUCACUAAAAGAAAAGCAUACGACCAUCAUAUAGCUUGCUUCUGUAUACUGCAUAUGUACUGAAUAUCAUGUAGCUCACUUGUGUACAUAACAUUGCAUAUGCAUGUAUAAGAUAUAAUGGUAUGAUUAGUCAUGACCCACACUCGAGGUAUAUAUUUUUCCUAUAAAUAAGUUCUAUGAUAAAUAUUAUUGAAUACAGUCCAAAACUUUUUCAGAGUUGCUAAAGCCUAAAACUAGGUAUUUCAUUAGUUCAAUGAAAAGUGUAAUUAAUACAUAAACAAAAAAGAAGUCAAAUUUUGGAUAGGUUUAUGAACAAUGGGUUACAUAAACCUAUCCAGUCCUUAAAAGAUUCCAGACUUCAAUAUACAAUCUGAUUUUCAAACUAGUAGUUACAAAACUGGUAUUUCUUUGCAUGUUUUGCAUUACUAUUAUUAUUAUUACUCACGAAUUCGAUAAAUCAUGGGAGUCUAUACUAUGUAACAGCCUAGCAACUUUUGUGAUCAGAUUUCUUAAUUUAAAUUUUAUUCGAGCAAAUUAUAAUCGAUCGAAUCUUUAGACUUCAUAUAUACCUGUUUCUCAGAUACCUUUUAGCUCCUACAAACAUUGAAAAUUACUCUUAUUACAAAUCUCAAUUUUUUUUUAUUUGUUCAAAAUUACAAAACUCUUUUUAUGUAUUAUAAAUGGCUAUUGCGUAGAACAGUAAGAUUGUUUGAAAGUUGGGUAUUGUUAUUUAACAUUUACACCCAAAAAAAAAAGUUGGGUAUUGUUCCUUUUCAACUGAAUGUGUCAUGGUCAUCAACCAAGCAACAUACUAAAACAAAGAAUUUCAAACCUUUGGAAGAAAAAAACAAAUGGUUUAAGAGAAUGUUGUAGUAUGCAUAUGCUUGAAUUGAUAUGGGGAAUUGGAAUGCCUCAACAUUCUCAUAACUAGCUACACUUGUUCGACACACUAUACAAUAUUUGAUAUAUAAUAUUUAAAAUAUGAAAACUACAUAUACACACAGCCAUAUUGUAAUAUAGUAUAGCUGUUGUCUAGUGAUAUCAUCUUACAUUUCUUUUACAUAAUGUACAAAGCAACAAUUUCCAUACCGGGAAUUUGGUUAAAAUUAUUCACAAUAAAUUGAUUCAUUCAUCUUUUUUAAGUCGAAGAUUUGGGAUUAAACCUGAGAAACAAAACUCUUCUUCAAACAUAGUAAGAAAAUUAAAGCUCGAAAUGUUGACUGUUAACCAAGAUUAAUUCACUGGACCGUCCCCAUGUAAUAAAUAAAAUAUGUAUGUAUCAUGACCUGGUCAUACAUGUACUUAUAUGAAAGGAAUAAUUAUAAAAUGGUGAGACAUGAUCAGACUUAAACAGUGGAUAGAAACAACUGCCUUAACGAAUUAUCAUCUUUAUCACUCAUACUCCAAAAAGAAAAAAAAAUCAUUCAUAUGAUGAAUUUUCUUUAUGUAAUAUAUUUCAACGUAGACAGAUGCAAAACAAUAAAAUCUGAUGAAGUAAUAAUUAGAAGAGAGAAAAAUUGAAAAAGAAUGGAGUUUGUUUUCGUCCAAGCAAAAUACCAAUGAUGCCCUAACCUUUCUAAUUCCCUCAUUUGUCCCUUUCCUUUUUCAUGAAUAUUUCUAACUUCUCCGUCCCUUUCAAUCCUUCUCGACCAGAUAUCCUCUGAUUCGAUCUCCCCACACUAUUUUAAAUACAAAUCUUUUUUUCACUGAUAACUCAAUAAAAUUCCCCAAGAAGAGUAGUUCUAGUUUAAACAUAAUUAAUUCUUAGCAAAAAUAUAAUAACUAAAAGUUAUAUAAUUCUAUAACCACAUCCUUAGCGUAGCCUGCUUAAUUAGGUUAACCAUACUAAUGAUGGUCAAAAUUAACACAUCUUUAAGUAAAUCAAAUAAAACUUGUUUCUUCUUUUCGUAUAUUGAAAAAACAAUAUGGAACAAUAUACCUUUUACAUAAGAAUUUCCUUCCUAAUUUUAACAUUUUACUCGAAUAUUAAUCCAAUGGAAUUUAUGUGUCAAUUAUACUCACGCGUGUAUCACAGUUUUUUUUUCUCAUAUACUACAAAUUUUUCUACGUCAUAUAUUAUAUAUAUAGUCAUAGAUUUUUCUUGUAUAGUCAUGAUCUACAUUUUCGUUACCAUAGUUUUACUUAGGCUCCGAUUGGUAAUCCGAUUGGUAAUUACGGUUUGAGCGGUGCGGAACAAGCGAUUUAACUGCAGUGCAGUUUUAACAAUUAUAAAAACGUGUAGAUAUAUGGUAUACGUAGAGAUUUUUGUUACUGUUAAGUGCGGUGCGGGGUAAGACGGUUCGUAACAUUCGAAGCCUUAGUAAACAUUUUAUAAUUCGUUUCCUUAUAUAUAAAUAUGAAAUAGACUUUAAUUUGUAUCUGCGAAAUAAAAUUUACGUACACAUGCAUAAAAGAAUAAUAUUGAAUAGCUGAUCUUUGAGAUAUUGAGAACUCUUAUUGGGUCCCCCAUCUCUGUGUUAUAUAACUCAACACUCUCUCUAUAUCUCCUACACACAAAACCUAAAAUAUCUUUUGCUUUAUAGUUCUUUUCUUGGUAAAAUAAAAUUUCUUAUCAUUGUCUUCUUCUUCUUCCGAUCUACUCUUCAUUUUGAUCUUCAAAUAUGGAGCCAGCGCAACAUCACCAUCAAGCCGACCAAGAAAGCGGCAACAACAACAAGUCCGUCUCUGGUGGUUACACGUGUCGUCAAACGAGUACAAGAUGGACACCAACGACCGAUCAAAUCAGAAUACUCAAAGAUCUUUACUACAACAACGGAGUCCGGUCACCAACAGCCGACCAGAUCCAGAAGAUCUCUGCAAGGCUGAGACAGUACGGAAAGAUCGAGGGAAAAAAUGUCUUUUACUGGUUUCAAAACCAUAAGGCUCGUGAGCGACAGAAGAAGAGAUUCAACAGCACAACCAUGACCAUACCAACGUCUUCAUCGCCCAACUCGGUUAUGAUGGCUAGUGAUCACUAUCACCAUAACCAUCAUCAUCAUGGCGUUACCAUCCAGAGACCUGCUUUGGUUAACGCUAAGCUCGACCAAGAAAAUCAUAUGUUUCAUCAGAGCAGAUCAUAUCCCAGCUUCAAUAACGGGAAUACAAAUCAUGCAAGUUCAGGCACGGAAUAUGGUGUUUUCAGUGCUUCUAAUGGCUACAUUAGUAGCCAUAUCUAUGAACCUAUGGAACAAGACUGUUCAAUGAGCUACAACAACGUAGGUGGAGGAUGGACAAACAUAGAUCAUAAUCACCAUUACUCAACUCCAGCCUACAACUUCUUCGAUAGACCAAUGCUUCUGUCUGGACUAGAAGGUCAUCAUCAAGAAGAAAAAGAAUAUGGUGGCGAUGCUUAUCUGGAACAUAGACGCACACUUCCUCUCUUCCCUUUGCACGGUGAGGAUCACAUCAACGGCGGUGGUGGUUCCAUCUUGAAGUACGGACAAUCGGACGGUUGUGAUCGUUAUGGUAGAGGCCCUUGUGCUUCUCUUAAGCUGUGUCUGAACUGAACUCCUAGACCAGCGUCGUACCGGAUUAAAGUUGUCUUUCGCUAUCUCUCUCGCAUGUUUCGCUAGUGAUUAAUGAUGCAGUAAGCAUAAAAGUAGUAUCUCGAGUACUUAUAGUUUAUAGUUGCAUUUACUACUUCUAGGUUGAACUUUCAAUGAGUGUGUUUUUCUCUCUUUUCUUUUAUAAUCUAAGACGUUAAAAUCUUAUUACUACGAAAAUGGAAUCUAUUUCAAUAAUUUACAAAUAGUAAUUUCAAAAAGAUUUCAGAGGCAUGAACACAAAUGGCGGAAAAUGCUAUCAAGAAGAUCAUGCAUCAUAUCAUAUAUAUGAUUUAAUUCAAUAUAGGCAAAUUACAAUCUUAUGAUUUUGUUAAGCCAUGUGCGAUGCUUAUUAGGGCUUGUUCUCUAAGUCAGAGUCUUGUGUCUUAUAGUCCUCCUGAAUUCCUAAUCAACGUAAAUGGAGCAUUUUUAUUAUUUCAUAUGAAAAUAAUAGCUUUUUGUUUUCCCUUUAGUAACUAUAGCAUUUGUUCUUUCAAAAUCUCUCUUACCUUGGAAUAUUUUUCUUGUGUUUGUCAAGCAUACUUAACAUGGAUUACCAAAAGAAAAGUUUGUCAAGCGUACUAGCUAUUUUUUUUCUUUUCACGUAUACUAUUUUUCUUGUGUAUUUGUCAUUGUCGUAAAAAUGACAAGUUAAUGAUGAUAAUGAAUGAUCAUUGGUUAGUAUACCUGAUUAGUUCUAUUGUGCAAAUCCUCGAGCAGCGUGACAUGAGUAAGGAUAAUGAUUUGGUUAGUUGCUUUUUGUCAUAAAUCUUGUUUAAGUCAUCUUGGCUUGGUUUUUGGAAUUCUAAAGGAUAUACAGUUUCGACGUAUGUGCAGCCAUUUUGUAGUUUGAACCCUCUCUUCAUCGUAAACCAUGCGAAAUUAUUAUUACAUUAUUUAUAUUCAUUGAUCUCUUGUUGUCUGGAAUGUGUCGUUAUAAGCUCCUUCUAUUAUAUUCACAAGAUUAACCAAAAAGUAAUACUACUACAGAAUGAUCGCAUUAGUGGACUAUUUUUAUAUCUGGACGAAAAGAAAACACACACGGUUCCUUUGUUAUAAUUCUAGAUUUCUAAUCCUUUCAACAGAUUAACUAUUCUUCUAUAUAUUUGGUAACCAAUGCCAUGCUUUAGCUUUAUAGUAUUUUGGACCAGAGAUCAUAUACAAUAUAAUGAAUCUUCACUUCGAACUCUAUGCUAUGACUAAUUUUCUUUAUAACUUUUUCUACAAAUAAAAACUUUGGAGAUUCAACCGGUUGAGAAACUGACAAUAAUAACUUACUAAUUCUUUAUUUAUCAUGUCAACUUGACAUCAAGCGUUUAUUUUUAUUUUGUAUAAGCUCAGGUGAGCAAUCCCUCUUUUAAUGUAUACAUAAAACCGUACCCUUAAGAAGAAAAAGGAGUCUACAUCAAUGAGAUCUCAAAUCCAGUAGGCUUUUAAAUUCUUCAAACACAAUCUCAAUUGCAUACAUCUAUAUCUUGACGAAAUUACCCAUUUUCAUUUUGAAUUUGGAAAGAAAUAAAGAGAGGAUUCAAGUUGAAUAGUUGAUAAUACAAUAAUAUGUAUAUAUAUUUGGUUAGUUUUUGUAAGGUUAACUUCUUGUUGGAUGUAAAUUUUGUGUUUUAGACAUUUGAAGAUGAUGAUACAUGGGUAAAAAUCUAGAUUUUCGUAUUUUAUAUUUUUAAUUUAUUUUUAGUGAUCGUAAGUUUUUUUUUGCAGUUUUUCUUUGUUUCAGUUCUCUUCGAUCCCUUCGUGUCUGCAUCUGAAAUAAAAUGGACUGGUCAUGAAAAAAUACAAAUACAAAGUAGGAUCAAAUAUGCUGAGUUAAUUUUGUCCCAGAAAAAGCUUUAGCAAAUUUGUGUUAAAACUAUAUGGAUGUUAAAUGAAAAUUAAUGUCAACCAAAAUUAAUUUGUCUUAGUCAAGAGAUGUUGAUAUAUUUUUUGGAAUAACGAAGUGUCCAUACUUUAUUUGGUGAAAUGUGUAACUUCAGUAUUUUUGACCUUUUAGAUUUGUUAUUUUUAUUAUAUCUUAUGUUUUUGAAACAACAUCGUUUUAAUCUUUGCUAGAAUUAAACGACCAUUAAUUGAAAACUAAUGUUGACUGAUUUGGCUUGAUCAACAUAAAUUUAUAUGUUUUUAGAACAAUGAAAUGUUCAUCAUUUUUUUGUAAUAGUGUAAGUUCAAUAGUUUUUAUUGAUAAUUUUAUCUUAGGUUUUCCAUUAAAAAAAUUGGGUUUUAUUUUCCGAUUUAUCAGACGUUAUUUAAUUUGUAUUUUAUGAUUAAUAUAAAUACUCUUUAGAAGAUAACCUUUUGUUCAAUUGAUUACCCAAAAAAAAACCUUCUGUUCAAUCCUUUAUCAGAAAAAAAAAGAAGAUAACUUUUUGUUCCAUUCAUAAAGCAUAGACACUGACAUAUGUAGUUAUGUGUCUCUGAGGAGUUACUUACUUGUCAUGUAUAAAUGAAUUUUUCUGCCGAUCCGAGAAGAUCUUUAAAUGCUUCUUAGGGAUUCAAAGUACGUUAUUUCUAUAAGAGGCAAAGAUGUGAGGCUCGUGUAGCAUCAUGGUCUGUGAUUCCCUUUAUGUGAAAGUCUUCCUAAAAGACUUACUUGGAUCAGUUUGGUCUUUUUCCUAUUCUCUGUUGACUGAAAUCUAUUUUUUUU